UCCUUUCAGAUCCUCAAAUUGUGGAUAUUGAGUGGACACUAAAAUAUCACCGGCUAUAUUUAUAUUUGUCCUGAUGGAUCUUUCAACCAAUUCAUUGUGUACAUUAUGUUGCUCAACAUGAGUCACACGAACCGUUGACCCAGACGCUACUUUGGGUCAGGAAUCCGAUAUUUGCCGACACUGCUCGAGCUCUUCCGGCGCUGAGCAGAGACCGACAUAUUCUGAGCAUCUUCCAAAUGUUCAGUCAUAGUAGUCAAGUACUGCUCUUGGGGGGGCGAGGUUAAGAGCGAGGGUGUCGACAAGAAAAGAUACAUUCAUCAGUGGAUACGGCAAGAUUUCGUCUGUCAGAAACUCUACAGGGGUUUUGAUUAACGGCGAUACUGGAGGCUUAUUGUCCUGUCAGGGACACAUCAGAUUCAGUCAAGAUGAGGACAGUCUUUGUGGCUGUAUUCAGCGUGCUGCUGGGCACAGCUCUUUCUGCCCCUGUCAAAGUCAAAGAAGAGUUGAAAACCAUGUUCCUAGGGGAGGAUUUCCAGAUCCUACUACCCAGCCUAGCCGCCGAUGUUGUGUUCCUACCCAGGAACACCCCGUCUGGGCCUGAGGUUCCUCUGAUGACGGCUGGCUCCGUGGUCAACCCGCUCGCCAAACUCAACGCCAUCGGCAGGCACCUGAUCGUGUACGACCUCAAGGAGGAGCACGAAGGCUUGUACACGGUGAAGAACAACGAGAAUCCCAACGACAUCGAGCGCAUCACGCUCAUCGUCCGAGACUGUUCCGUGGAGCAGAGUGUGAAGUACGGGGACAACUACCACAUCCAGUUGGCGGGGGUGACCCCCCCCAUCACUCUGGAGUUCAGGCACAUUGCUAUUGAGGCCAACCAGACCAACAGGCCUGCGUUGGUGCUGUUUACCCAGACUGGAGUGUCGAGGGACGGUUACCAGGGCCGUAUCAGUGUCAGCGACAGGAAGGUCACCCUGAACGUGGCGACGGGCUCCGACGAGGGCAGCUACACAGUACGAGACGCUGAAGGGACAAUCAAGAAAAAGGUGUGCCUCAAUGUCAAAGAGUACCAGAACUUCUUCAAACUGCCGUACGCCGGCACUUUGAAGAUCAACCUUAUCCACAACAGCUCCAUGGUGCAGAUCUUCUACACGCCCGACUACGACCUCAAACCACGUCUCAUUGCCGACAAAGGAAAUCUUGUGUUUCCCCGAGACCUGAGUCUGGAGGGUCGUCUGUCCCUGGAGGGCUCUGUGUGCAUUCUGGAGCGACUCACGGGCAGCGAUGCAGGACACUUUCAAGUCUCGGACACAUUAGGUUUCCCGGUGUCCAAUGUCUAUCUUGAGGUGGAAGCCUAUAAGUUGCCUCCAGUGUACGUGGCAAUCAUCUCUCUGGUGGGCCUGUUGGCGUUCCUGCUGCUGGUGUGCCUGCUCUCCUGCCUGUUCAAUGUCAGGAAGAGGGCCAAGAGGGCUGAAGCCCUGGAGAAGAUCGCCCACAGCAAGGUCGACGACGGGGAAGCCUUCAGACAGGUGGUCAAGAACAUCACACAGUUUAAUGAAGACUCCAAGGGCCAUUCUGUAGCCGACAAUACGGAUAAAUCACAGAGCACUGAGGUGGACAUUAAGGGUCUGGAAGUAUCUUCUAAGGAGGUUCUGGACGGGGCCAACCUGGAGACCAGUGACUCGGGGGUUGAGUUCAACACCACCGGGCUUCCUUUAGACACUGACACAGAUGUCCCUGAACAUUUCCUAGACUCUGAGGCUGUGAGCCUCUCUGCUGCCCACGAAACCAAAGCAAGUGCACCCCCUGCUCCGGAGUUCAAGCCCACCCCACUUCCUGAGGUUAAACCUAGCACACCUGCUCCUGUGGUUAAGGCUUCUCCAGUUCCUGAAGCAAAACCUAGCCCACCUCCAGUUAUUAAAUCUAGCCCACUUCCACAGGUCAAAUCUAGUCCACCACCAGAGGUUAAAUCUAGCCCCCCUCCAGUUAUUAAGUCUAGUCCACCAACAGUUAUUAAGUCUGGUCCACCUCCAGUUAUUAAGUCUAGUCCACCUCCAGUUAUUAAGUCUAGUCCACCUCCAGUUAUUAAGUCUAGUCCACCACCAGUUAUUAAGUCUAGUCCACCACCAGUUAUUAAGUCUAGUCCACCUCCAGUUAUUAAGUCUAGUCCACCACCAGUUAUUAAGUCUAGUCCACCACCAGUUAUUAAGUCUAGUCCACCACCAGUUAUUAAGUCUAGUCCACCUCCAGUUAUUAAGUCUAGUCCACCACCAGAGGUGAAUAAAAGCCCUGAGCCAGCUGCUGAAACACAGCUGUUGGUAACCAAACCAGUGGACACCAAGCCCAGUCCAGUCCAGAGCCCAGACCGCAAACUGGUGCCAAGUCCCAUCUCCAAGCCCAAAACACCUGAACCGACCCCGAGCCCAGAGCCUAAAUUAACCACACCCCUGUCCCUUUCACCCAAGACGACUAAACCCCAACCACCUUCACCCAAGCUGGCUGUGACCCCCGACCCACCCAAACCAACCACACCAGAGCCGACUCCAACCACCAACGGUACCCUCGAACCCACACCCGAAUCCAAGCCGGCCACAGACCAAGCCCCCGCCGAUCUGAUUGGAGGUUCAUCUCCCAAAGCCACACCUCCUAAGACCCCGGAAGUGGAAGUGACAGCAGCCAAAGAGCCCCCCCUAGAGGUGAGCUCUGGUAGUCCUGCUCUCCAGGCCAAAGGGGAUGACACCACCGCAGUCACAACCACCUGAGCACCAUCCCUGCACAAGAAACCCCACCGAUGGGUCCCCUCUAUCACCACUGUAGACAAGCAAGCCCCCCCAACUAAAUAAGGAAGUAAUCACUGCUAUGGGGGCGGAAGCUUAGGUUUAAACACGUGCUUGAAAAUACUGUGGCUUGUUACAAAAUCUCACAUGAAACUAACACUCAUUUAUGGAGAUCUGUUCUGUUAAUGGAUACGUUUCACAUGAUUAUAUACAUUCUCUGACUUUUUUUCUAACUUUUUACGCUGCAUACUCCUUUGUAAACUAGAGUAUGACUGCCAUGUCUGCAAACCAGAUCCUUUGCAGAGUUUACAGUUGAAAAAUAUUCACCUAAUUGAAAUGCUUUGCAAUGUGAAAAAAAAAAAUGCAGUUAAUGGUUUACACCUUAUUAGUUAGCCUUGACUUCAUUUGACGAGUGAAGCCAUCUACUAAAUGUUUUUGACCACCUCCAUCUAUGGAGACUUCUGAGAACCAUCUAGAUGCCUGUUCAUCAGCAUGUGGAUUAACCCACCAAAAGCAUGAAGAUUCCAUAUUCUCAAUGCCCCAUUUUUUCAACCACGUUCAAUCAUACCCCUUGGCAUGAUGUUGUCACAGCUGCCAAAGGACUGUGACUUUGUACCAUGGCUGAGCAUCAAGCCUUCAGACUGGACUGGCCGAACGUUACCUAAUCAAGACCAGUAUCCAAUGCUACUUUUCUGCUCUCAUCAACAUCACUUCUAAACAUCUUCCGUAUGGAGCAUGACCAGCUAAACUGACGUACUAAUAUCUUCACUUCUGCCAGAACCAACCUCUUUAAAAAAAAAAUCCUAAUUGACUUUGUUUACAAUCCUUCCAACCUGAGAGAAGUUCAAGUUUGGUCCUGGGAGCUUUUUACUCUUAUUGUCCCAUGGCGCCCAUGACGACACCAGGCACCUCAAUGGACCCCCUUCGGCCCAAUGCAUCAUGGUAAAUGUAGUGAUUUUUAAUAGACGGUCUGCCUAAACCUAUGUGAUAAGGGAUAUGGGCUCAGUUUAGAUACUCAGAUACCCGUCCCCUGCCUGCAUAGUCUUUACUUCUUCUUUAAAAAGGAAUAGGCUGAUCCAUGCAUUUGCGUGCCACUAUCUACACAAAACCAGAUUUAGUAAAUAGACAAAAGUGUUCUUCUCUAAAUUUGUCCUCUGCAGUAAUGCAUGCUCUGCUCUUGUCGUUAUAUUACUACGGAUCAAAACAAACCCCCCAAAGAUAUCUCUUUCUAUCUCUCCCUGUCUCUCUCUCCCUCUCUCUCUCCCUGUCUCUCUCUUUCUGUCUCUC